AUGUCCCUCGAACACGGUAAUUUAGAUAGAGUAUAUGUUGUUUCUUUAUUGUUAGGACAUGUAAAAUGCAACCCGUCGUACGGAAUCAAACAUGUCAUCCAGACUGUGAAAGACCAUACCGAAUACGAUAUACCAUAUCAAAAGGCAUGGUACAGUUUGAAGAUGGCACGUGAGAUGGUUUAUGGCACAUGGGAGAGCUCCGUUCAAAAGCUACCCAAAUACUUGGGAGCUCUCCAAAAAUAUAAUCCAGGAACGAUUGUUGAAUGGCAACAUAAAGCCCGCGACACAUCAACCGGUGCAUAUGUGCUAGGGUACAUAUUCUGGGCGUUCAAGCCGUGUACUGAAGGGUUCCAACACUGUCGCAACCUUAUCAGUGUAGAUGGGACCCAUCUAUACACAAAGUACAAGCACAAGAUGUUGAUUGCUGCUGCCAUGGAUGGAAAUCAACAGGUACUUCCUCUUGCUUUUGCAAUUGUCGAUGAAGAAUCACAUUUAUCUUGGAAGUGGUUUCUUAGACAAUUGAGCAGACACAUUAUACGAGGGCGACGGGGUAUCUGCCUUUUUUCUGACCGCCAUGCUGGUAUCACAAGAGCUGUACGUGAAUGUUCGAAUUUCGUGCCACCUAACGGCGUGCACCGAUAUUGCUUGCGGCAUGUGUGUUUCAAUUUCAACAGUAAAUACAAAAAUAUUGUGUUGAAAGAUCUUUGUUGGAGAGCUGGCUCUGAAUAUCAGAUCAGAAAAUUCAAUUGCAUUAUGGAGGAGAUAAAGAGCCAGUCACUAGAGGCGUUUCAGUGGUUAGAUAGGAUCGACAAGGAAAAAUAG